UGUUCUGCCUGUGCCUAUGUGGGUUUCCUCCCACAUCCCAAAAUCAUGCGACAUUAAUUGGACACUAAAUUGCUCUUGGGUGGGAUUGUGAGUGCAGCUAUUUGUCUCUACGUGCCCUGGGAUUGGCUGGCAACCAGUUCAGGGUGUACCUUGCCUCCUGCCCGUUGACAGCUGUGAUAGCCUCCAGCACUCCCGUGACCCUCGUGAGGAUAAGCUGCUGAGAAAAUGGAUGAAUGGAUGGAUAAUCAUCCUGUGUUCAGGGACUGCAUAGCUACUACUACCAUUGGGAGCAGUGCCUGGAUCACCUCCCCUGUCCUAUCCUAUCAUAUCCUGUCCUGUCCUCUUUGUUGGUUGUUGCAGCCCUUCUCCACAGGUUGUUGCUUUCCUUCACAGUCCACGUUAACAGAGGUUAUGGAGUGGCAGGUUAUUCAGUGCACCCGGGAAGCCUUUGUGAGUGGAAGAACGCGUCCUCUCGGGUUCAGGCUGCAGCAGCUUCGGGCCUUGAAAAGGAUGAUGACUGAGAGGGAGGUUGAAAUCACCACAGCCCUCAAACAGGACAUCAACAGGAGUCCAUAUGAGACAUCCCUUUUGGAGUUGAUUGGAAUAGAAAAUGAGAUAGACCUGGCUUUGGAAAAUCUGAAAGAGUGGGCUGCUCCUCAACUUGUGGAGAAGAAUCUCCUCACAUUUUCAGAUGAGGCUUACAUCCAGUCAGAACCCCAGGGAGUGGUGCUAAUAAUUGGAGCCUGGAAUUAUCCAUGGGCUGUAACCUUGAUACCUCUUGUAGGAGCGAUCGCUGCAGGUAACGGAGCUGUGGUGAAGCCCUCAGAGAUUAGUGGUUACUCAUCUCUCCUCCUCGAAACACUGCUGCCUCUCUAUCUGGAUAAGGAUCUCUACCCAGUGGUGAUGGGUGGAGUCCCAGAGACACAGGAAUUGUUGAAACAGAAAUUUGACCACAUCUUCUAUACUGGAAGUAGCUUGGUUGGAAAAGUGGUGAUGGAAGCUGCAGCACGACACCUCACACCUGUGACUCUGGAGUUGGGAGGGAAGAGUCCUUGCUACAUCGACAAGAACUGUGACAUCAGAGUUGCCUGCCGUCGUAUAACAUGGGGAAAAUUUGCCAACUGUGGUCAGACAUGUAUUGCUCCAGACUACAUACUGUGUGAACCUUGUGUGCAAGGCUGUGUUGUGGAGUGCAUCCGCCAAACUCUUUUGGAAUUUUAUGGCCCUGACCCCAAAUCUUCACCGGACUAUGGUCGCAUCAUUAACAUAACUCACUUCAAUAGAAUUGUGGGUCUGAUGGAGGGUUAUGCACCUGUGCUUGGUGGCCAAUGUGAUGCCUCAGAGCGCUAUAUUGCCCCAACCAUACUGAAGGAUGUGCCCCCUCACUCCAAGCUGAUGCAGGAAGAAAUAUUUGGUCCACUAUUGCCCAUUGUGACAGUGAGUGGCUUGGAUGAAGCCAUUCAUUUUAUCAAUGAGAGAGACAAACCUUUGGCCCUGUACAUAUUCUCCUCUGACAAGAAGGUAACAAAAAAGAUGAUCAAGGAAACCACAAGUGGAGGAGUGACCGUCAAUGACGUUAUGAUGCACUAUACACUCAUCUCUCUCCCAUUUGGUGGUGUAGGUCAGAGCGGUAUGGGCUUCUAUCAUGGCAAACACACCUUUGACCGGUUGAGCCACCAGAGGGCAUGUCUACUCCGUUCACUUGGCAUGGAAAGAAUCAACUUAGCUCGGUAUCCACCUCAGGACCGCCAGCGUGCAAACAGGGCACAGUUGGCCCUCAAGUCACCCUUGAUUGACUUUUCCAAGAAGACUUAUGUCUGGGCCAUCACUGUGACCAUCAUUGCAUUCGGGCUGCUCAUCACUUUGCUUGUCAUUUUGCUGGUGGCUGCUGGCUUGAAUUGUACCUGCUGGUACUGGAGAGGUUUUUUUAAUUAGAUAAGGUAAAAGAACGACGGCACAGUGGAGGGUUGGCAUUACAGUUCUGAGGUCCGGGGUUGAAAUCCCGGCCCCACCCGUGUGGAGUUUGCAUGUUCUCCCCAUGCCCAUGUCAGUUUUCUCCGGAAAAUCUGGUUUCCUUCCACAUCCCAAAAAUAUGCAUUCAUUGGAGACUCUAAAUUGCCCCGAGGUGUGAUUGUGAGUGCGGCUGUUUGUCCCGAUGUGCCCUGUGAUUAGCUGGCAACCAGUUCAGGGUGUACCCUGCCUCCAGCCCAAUGAUACCUGGUAUUGGCUCCAGCACUCCCACAACCCUCGUGACGAUAAAUGGCUCAGAAAAUGGAUGGAUGGAUCAGGCAAAAGACUGCCUCGUGUACUUACACACAAUUGCCAGCUUGAGUUCAUGAUAACAUUCAACAUAAACCAAUAAUAAAUAGUGGAUGCAUUUAUCUGUGAUUUAAUGUAAGUGUAAAGGCAUUUUUCAAUUAAAUAGCAAAUCAUCUUAACAUCUUAAUAAAAAUAUAACGUCUCUCUCUACAGUCUUUUCUUUCAAUUAAUGAAUGCAUUCAAGAGCUUUUCAAAUGUGAUUUUUUUUUCUAUAAAAGGAAAAUGUAGGCCAGAUAUCAAAAUUUUUUAAAAUAAAAUUCUUUUACAUGUUUUGCUUUGAAGAGUAGUUUUUUUUUCCCAAUGUACCUUAC